UUUUCGAAAAUGCGGGAGUCUGUUGAGAGUACAGCCGAGUUUUCUGUAAAUAUGACCUGUGAGUCAUGUGAGAGUAAAGUGCGGUCAGCUUUGCUAAAACAUGGAGUUCAAGACUUUCAGAUAGAUUUACCUUCUCAGCGUGUAAUAAUUACUUCUACAAAAAUAACAGAAGAACUUAAAAAUGUUAUAGAAGAUACUGGAAAGCUGGCAGUACUGAUAGGAGUAGGAGGAGAGGGAAGGCUUCAAGGUGGUGAAGAGAGGGUCCAUGGAGGAGGUGAUGUUCCACGACAAGGACUAGGAGCUGCAGUAGCUAUGCUAGGGAAGGACGGGGAUUAUUUUACACCUGGAGUCAAAGGAGUUAUUCGGUUUAAUCAGAUAGAUCGCUCCAGGUGUAUAGUAGAGGGAACUCUAGAUGGUUUAGAACCCGGAGAACAUGGUCUAGCUGUCCACGAGGCUGGAGAUGUUAGUAGAGGAUGUCAUAGUCUCGGAGAUCAUUAUAAUCCAAGGGGAACUAGACAUGGUUCGCCGGAGAAUAUGGAGGAAGAAAGACAUGUCGGAGAUCUGGGAAAUAUCAGAGCAGAUGAAAGUGGAAGAGCCACGUUCAGAAUAGUUGAUCCGAUUCUCAAGGUUUGGGAUGUGAUAGGACGGAGUGUAGUUGUAUCUACUGAUAAGGAUGAUCUUGGACAAGGAAAUCAUCCCAGAUCACUAGUGGAUGGCAAUUGUGGCCCUGGCCUGGCUUGUGGAAUCAUAGCCCGGUCAGCAGGUCUAGGAGAAAACUUGAAGAAGAUCUGUGCUUGUGACGGAGUAACUAUCUGGGACGAGAGAAAUAAACCUCUGGCGGGACAGGGCAGACAGGAUAAUCAACCGGAAACCAGUUACUAAAUAUUAUUGUUGUUAUACAUUUCUACAAGCUGCCAUGCAUUGUUAUCCUUCAAUCUUUUCUUUACUGUGAAAUGGCUGUUUGAUCAUAUUCAACAUUUUAACACAUUUUUGCCUGAAUUAAUAAUGAUAAUAUUUAACCUCCAAAAAUUGUAUGUAAAAACUAUAUCAAACUGUGCACUGUUCACCAAUGAUUUUAAACCAGGAGUUUAAAUUAAAAUAUAUUAUUCUGUGAUUUAAUGCCGGUUAAAAAAUAAAUCAACAAUACUUGA